AAAAAAGGUUGAGAGGAGACUUGGAAAAAUUGAAAGAGAGUAGGUGAGAAUUAUUAAUUUGGGUACGACCCUCUCUCGCCCUCGGUUGAUUUAGUCUCUUCUUUCCACUUYUGGAGUCUCAAAGCCCCAACUUGUACGCAAUUUUAUGCUUUGCCUUUGAUUUUGUCUGCUACAUGGCACCUUCCAUUGCAUGCCCUCUUCAAUUUCCUAAUCUCCAUUGCCAAAAUUCUCUAUAAAUUGUACAUCCCAUUUCACUCAACAAUCACACACAAGUUCCGAAGGAGGAAACAGAGUACCUAAUUAAUUGUUCUUCAGAGCUUAAUUCCAUUAUUUUAGUGUGAGAAAAAUCUGCAGAUAUGGCCGGCGGAGUCAUUGCUUUGGUUUUGGGUUUUGUUGCGGCGGUUUUAGCUCAACAGGCCGCCGCUCAAACGGUGCACGUUGUCGGAGACGCCACCGGCUGGACGGUCCCGCAGGGCGGCGCUACUUUCUACUCCGACUGGGCUGCUAGAAGGAACUUUGUCGCUGGCGAUUCACUCACGUUUACCUUCGGAACGAACGCGCACGAUGUACUCGAAGUUACGAAAGAGUCCUUUGACGCGUGCAGUUCCGACAACGCCAUCGGAAACGUCAUCACGACGGGUCCGGCGACGGUGAAGCUCAACGCCGCCGGCGUUCAUUAUUACAUCUGUACCGUCGGUAGACACUGCCUUGGAGGCCAAAAGUUAUCCAUCACCGUCUCCGCCACUCCCGGCGGCGCCGGUCCUUCUCCAAACACUCCUCGCCCGCCGCCGGCAACAACUCCUUCCCACGCCAACGACGACGCCUGUGCUCCGGCUGGAUCGCCGUCUUCUUCACCACCUAACGGCGGCGGAUCUCAAUCGGCUCCGCCGCCUUCCUCCUCUUCUGCAGUGAUGGCAAGCAUUUUUGUCACUCUGUCCGCCAUUGUUAUGAGCUUCUGUUAAUUUAGAUCUGGAUUUUGCGUUUGAUUUGACUCGUUUUUUCAGAUUAUUCAUAAUGGUGAGAGGUUGUUCAUUUGUUGAGUGCUAUUUAGUUUUUUGAGGGUUGAGAUUCAUGAUGAGAUUUCAGUUGUAUUCCAAUAAAUUUUAUUAGUUUUUUUCAUAACUAA